AUGAGAGGACUUUUUCAUUUGGCUUCUAGGGCAGCCUCGGCUUCAAGCCAAAAGGCUCAGCCUUUAGCCUCUGAGACAUCCAUUUCGGCAGGUAAAUAUCCAUCCCUGUCAACUACUCGAUUUAAAGACCCAAACUCGGACUCAGUUUUACCAAAACACCAUGUUGAUCAUAACUACUUCACUCAGAUUCUGUCCAGAAAAGAUUGGUAUUUGUUGCUGAGGCAGGAAUAUAAGGCCAAGAGGGUAAUCUUGACCCCUCAGAAAAUCAUUAGCAUCUUGCAAAAUCAGGAAAACCCUUUACACCCUUUGAGAUUUUAUAUCUGGGUUUUGAGUAUCAACCCUUUAUUUGCUAAGAAUCAGUCGAUUCGGGUGGUUUUGAGUAACGCACUCUAUAGAAAAGGCCCAGUUUUGUUGUCAGCUGAAUUGGUUCAAGAUAUUAGGAAUUCUGGUUUUAGGAUCACUGAGGAUUUGCUCUGUGUUUUGGUUGGUACCUGGGGGAGGCUAGGGCUUGGGAAGUAUUCUGCUGAAGUUUUUGAGCAGGUGUCAUAUUUGGGGCUAAGUCCUAGUACUAGGCUAUAUAACGCUGUGAUUGAUGCUUUGGUGAAGGCCAAUUCACUUGACUUGGCUUAUCUUAAGUUUCAGCAAAUGCAUGUUGACCACUGUCGUCCGGAUAGGUUCACAUUUAAUAUUCUCAUCCAUGGAGUUUGUAAAAUCGGCGUGGUUGAUGAGGCACUUAGGUUGAUCAAGCAAAUGGAAGGGUUGGGAUUUUUUCCGAAUGUGUUUACGUAUACGAUUCUGAUAGACGGGUACUGUAAUGCGAAACGAGUGGAGGAGGCAUUUGGCAUUUUGGAAAUAAUGAAGGAGAAGAAUGUGGUUCCGAAUGAAGCUACCUUCAGAUCCUUGGUUAAUGGAGUGUUUCGCUGUGUAUCAUCACCACGAGAGGCAUUCGAAUUGUUAUCAAGAUGGGUGGACACACAGCUCGUGCUGCCAAAAGUUGCUUGUGACUCUAUACUAUGCUGUCUUUCAGAUAACUCUUUGUCGAAGGAGGCGGCUUCUUUUCUAAAACAAUGUUCGGAAAGAGGUUAUGUGGCUGAUAAUUCGAUAUUUAACAUCACGUUGACGUCUUUGAUCAAGGGAUUGAGUAUUGAAGAGACUUGCGAAAUAUUAGAUUGUUUUAUUAAACAAGGUGGGCAGGUUGAGUUAAGAACGUAUCUUACUGUGAUAGAAGCUUUGUUCAGUUCUGGGCACAGAGGAAAAGGUGAUCAAUACUUGAAACAGAUGCUUCAUGACGGUCUUAUAAAUAAUGUAGCUACUUAUAAUAUGCUAAUUGACUGCUUUUGCAAAGCUAAAAUGAUGCAAAAAGCUUCAGCCGCUUUCGAUGAGAUGCGCGAGAGAAGUAUAUGCCCAAAUCUUGUCACAGUGAAUACUCUUAUGGAUGGGUACUAUAAGGCUGGGAAUGUAGAUAAGGCACGAGAGCUACUCAUAAUGGUCUUUAAAGCUGGUCUGAGACCCGACAUUUACACUUUCUGUGCAAUAAUUGAUGGACUUUGUAGAGCGUAUCGAGUUGAGGAUGCUUUUGAUUGUUUUACAGAAAUGGUGGAGUGGGGCGUUACUCCAAAUGGGGUGACAUAUAAUAUAUUAAUACGCUGGUUAUGUGUUGCUGGAAACAUCCCUAAAUCCAUGAAUUUGUUGAGGAAAAUGCAGAGGGGCGGGGUUAGGCCAGAUGUUUUAUCUUUCAAUUCUCUAAUCCAAAGUUUUUGCAGGACAAAUAAGAUUGAGAGGGCGGAGAAGAUGUUGAUGAGCAUGUUGGAAUUGGGUUUAAGCCCUGAUAAUUUCACUUAUUCGGCUUUUAUAAAGGCCUUAUGUGAAGUUGGAAGAGUCGACGAGGCGAAAGGUCUAUUUCAAUUUAUGGAAGCAAAUGGAUGCGCACCCGAUGCUCAUACAUGUAACCUGUUUUUGGAGAUUUUGGUUAAGAAAUCAAGAUUUGAGGACGCUCAAGAAAUAUUUGAUAGGUAUAGAGACAGAGGCAUAGGUUUGAAGCCCUGA